AUGCUGGUGCUUGAGGCCAAUGGAAGUCUGGUCUUGUACACAGGAGUCACACGGGACAUUCAUACAAUGCUGGUGCUUGAGGCCAAUGGAAGUCUGGUCUUGUACACAGGAGUCACACGGGUCAGCAAAGUGUUUGUCCCUGGCCUUUUGUCUCCUACCUUCAGUGUGCAAAACCACCAGCCGCAGUUAAGCACCCCUCUGGAGAACAUCAGCACCCCCGCAAGGGCCACGGUUCAGCAUAUGAGCCGACUGGAGGAGGUUGGCAUGCCGUCUCCUGUGUUGGAGGUGCGCAGCACGACGCAGCACCAUGAGUCGUCCUGGCUGGAAGACUCUUCAUUCCAGCAGGCUGCACCUCACAUCCACACCCUCCGAGACCCCGUCAGCAACAGAGUCACGCUGGAAUUGAGCUCCGGUUCCAUGUUAAGAAUCACCAUUCCCGAGUUGGCUACUUCAGAGCUGGUCAAGCGUUGCUUGCAGGCCAUCAGGUUUAUCUUACCCAAGGACACUGCCAUGAAAGUGCUGGUCAAGUGGUACAACAGUUACAAUGCCCCUGGAGGUCCCAGCAUGCACCUGGAGUGGAACCUGUUUGUUACAUGCCUAAUGACAAUGAUGGGUUACAACACGGAACGACUGACGUGGACACGCAAUCUUCAUUUUGAAGUGCCACUCUCUCCAGUAAUAGCCCCGAAGAAAGCCCGACCUGCUGACACAGGUUCAGAUGAGGAUUGGGGAUACCUCCGAUGCUCCGACUACCAUUGGCAGGUUUACAUGCGCCCUGCGGUGGCUGUUCAGGGCCUGGAGCCGGUGUCGCCCCCCGGUGGAGUGGAUAACCACGAGUCUGUUCUGGGUUUAGAGUCGUCUGCCCUGCUCUUUCCACACAUCCCGGUGCUCUGCUAUGUUCUGCAUCUGCUCUAUGAAGACCUGAAGCUGGACGAGCUGCAGCGGAGCGGGGCGAGAGCUCUGGUCGGUCUGCUGCAACAGCUGGCCAAGGACCUGCAACUGGAGGAUUUCAUUGAUCUGUACUGGCGCGAUUACCCCUCAUUCAUCAAAACGUUCAAGGAGGCCUGCGUGAUUGAUCAAGCUCAGAUGGAGCUGAUGACUUGGCCGGUGUUCCUGGAUGGGGAGGCCCCGUGUGUGUUCAGCUGGCUCAGUCGCUGUCUGAGAGGGCAAGAUGUGGCGCCUUUUCCUUAUCUGCUUGGCAUCUGUGAGAGAACCAAACUACUGGUGCUGAGUUAUGCCCUGUACGUGGUCGGAGAUGAGGAUGCGAUCUCGACAAACAUGUUGAAGUACCUCUCCAGGCUGUCAGCAGGGCAAAAGAAAAACACGAGUGAUCCUUUUCUGAGAAGGCAGAGCAGCGUGAAGCCCGCACCUUCAUCUGAAUGCCUGGCUGAGAAGCUGGUGGUGUGGUUGACCUCUGCAGGAUUUACACUGAAAGAUCUGGAGUCGGUUCCGUUUGGUGUGGCUCUGCCAAUCAGAGACGCCAUCUACCUGUGCAGAGAGCAUCCCUGCUCUGAUUGGUCUGAGGAGGUCUGCGCUCUGAUUGGACGACAGGACCUGACCAGACAAGCUCACAAAGUGACCCUGGCCAAUCGUAAAUCGACUGUGGGUCUGAAUGUUAUGCUUGAGCCACCAGUCACCAGUGAAGCCGACGAGGAGGAGGAUGGUAUGACAGACCUGCACCCAGAGGUGACGGGGCUGAUCUGGAGUCAGGAUCUGAGGGUGCAGGAGGUCCGCCGUCUGCUCCAGAGCUCCAGACCCAUCCGGGUCAAUGUGCUCCACCUGCCUGAAGUCAGUGACCAUGAGUACAUAGAGGAGAAGGAGAACAAGCUGCUGCAGUUGUGCCAGCGCACCAUGGCUCUUCCGGUGGGACGGGGACUCUUCACUCUUUUCUCAUACCAUCCUGUGCCAACCGAACCACUCCCUGUGCCCAAACUCAACCUGACUGGCCGCGCUCCUCCCAGGAACACCAUGGUGGACCUGAACAGCGGUAACAUCGAUGUGCCGCCCAACAUGACCUGCUGGCCCAGCUUUCACAACGGUGUGGCGGCUGGUCUUAAGAUCGCCCCUGCUUCUCAGGUGGAAUCUGCCUGGAUUGCGUACAACAAACCCAAAAGUGCCGACCUGGCCAACGAAUACGCCGGUUUCCUCAUGGCACUGGGCCUCAACGGCCACCUCACUAAACUAGCAACACUUAACAUCCAUGACUACCUCACCAAGGGUCACGAGAUGACGAGUAUCGGGCUCCUGCUGGGUGUUUCUGCUGCCAAACUGGGCACCAUGGACAUGUCCAUCACCCGUCUGCUAAGCAUCCACAUUCCCGCGCUGCUGCCGCCCACCUCCACAGAGCUGGAUGUGCCUCACAGCGUGCAAGUGGCCGCUGUGGUCGGCAUCGGUCUGGUUUACCAGGGCACCGGUCACCGGCACAACGCAGAGGUGUUACUGGCAGAGAUCGGACGUCCACCUGGUCCUGAGAUGGAGUACUGUACGGAUAGGGAGUCCUACUCCCUAGCAGCUGGACUGGCACUUGGCAUGGUCUGCCUGGGGCACGGCAGUAACCUGAUCGGGAUGACCGACCUGAACGUGCCCGAGCAGCUCUAUCAGUAUAUGGUGGGAGGUCAUCGGCGCACGCAUGCUGGCAUCAGCAGAGAGAAACACAAGUCUCCCAGCUAUCAGAUCAAGGAGGGUGACACUAUCAAUGUGGACGUGACCUGUCCUGGUGCAACACUUGCCCUAGCCAUGAUUUACCUGAAAACAAAUAAUAGGUCUAUAGCUGAUUGGUUGAAAGCCCCGGACACCAUGUUUCUGCUGGACUUCAUCAAGCCUGAGUUUUUGCUGCUGAGGACGCUGGCCAGAUGUCUUAUCAUGUGGGACGAGAUCUUUCCCAAUGCUGAUUGGGUGACCAGUAAUGUGCCUCAGAUCAUCCAAGAAAACAUCGGAAACCAGGAGCAGACACCCAUCUCUGAGGAUCUCAACAUGGAGACCUUAGUUCAAGCUCAUGACUAUAUAAUUGCUGGAGGCUGCCUGGCCGUGGGAUUCCGGUUUGCUGGGUCUGCAAAUUCAGAUGCUUUUGACUGCUUAUACAAAUUUGCCAGAAACUUCAUGCAGUGUCUGACAACCUCCACGGCUACAGUGACAGGGCAGUAUAACCUGCAGACGUGUUUAAGCAUGGUCCUCCUGGCGGUUUCAAUGGUGAUGGCUGGUUCAGGGAACUUGAAAGUGUUGCAGCUGUGCCGAUUCCUCCACAAACGCACCUUUGGCGAGAUGAACUAUGGCUUCCACAUGGCCCAUCACAUGGCUCUGGGCCUGCUCUUCCUGGGUGGAGGGAGGUACACGCUUAGCACCUCCAACUCGGCCAUUGCUGCCCUCCUUUGUGCACUUUAUCCUCAUUUUCCUGCUCACAGCACAGACAACAGGUAUCACCUCCAGGCGUUGCGCCACCUGGCUGUGCUCGCAGCAGAACCGCGUCUGCUGGUGCCUGUAGAUGUGGACACCCUCAAACCCUGCUACGCUCUGCUAGAUGUCACCUACAAGGAGACGCAGUGGUACGAAGAGACGACCGUGGAGUUGAUGGCUCCCACUAUGCUGCCUGAACUUAACCUUCUGAAACGGAUUAAGGUGAAAGGUCCAAGAUAUUGGGAGCUGAACAUUGACAUCAGUAAAGGAACCCAACAUCUGCAAUCCAUCCUAUCCAAAGACGGCGUUCUGUAUGUGAAGUUGCGCGCCGGACAGCUGCCCUACAAGGAUGACCCUCAAGGCUGGAAGAGCUUACUGGCCCCCAACCUCAACAACAGAAGUGCUGAAGUGCGCACUUUUAAGCCCGAGGCCAUCUCAACCUUCACCUCUGACGUGGCUCUGGUCUCCUUCGCCGAGUACUUCUGCAGGGCCUCGGAAAACAUGAAGCAUAAGCAGGAGACCGUGGCAUUACUGUCAGCAAUUCUGUAUGAAUGUGUGACACAGGAAUACCCAGAAGUGCUGCCAACACACAUCUCUAUUGACCAGGCUGUGCGGACUCUGGAUCGAGACAAUCUCUGUGAGACGUUCAGUCUGUGGCAGAUGAAGCUGGUGCUGGAGUUGUGUGAGAGCCGAGUCCUGCAGCAGCGGCUCAGAGACACACGGCGUCAGGGCCGCGGCCUGCUGCUCAGUUCAGAGUUCCUGCCCGUCAUGAAGAGCUCAGCCGACCGAGCCCUGGAUCGCUGGCUCUGUGAUAACAGUCACGUGCUGCAAGCGUACAUGAGAAGACAGCCGAUGAACAACGACACUGAUGUCAACAUGUUAGCCUGCUUCCUGGUCUACCAUUCUAUCCCCAGCCUCAAGAACACGGUGGCAUCUGACCUGGAAGGAUGUUCCUGUUUUCCAAAGCUGCUGCUCAAGAGCAGUCAGUUGGGCGUUCCUGUACGUGCUCUGCUGCGUUUGAGUCCUCUGCUCCUUCAGAAACAAGAUUCUAGAGUUUAACCCACCAAUUCCUGGAGGUCAACCAACCUUCUGCUUAUCCAGGUACCGCAGGGUUAUGGUUGCCUUGUCCUCACAGGCCACAGGAACCUGCUGCAAGAUUUAUUAUGUGGACAUUUUUAUCACAUGAUUGUGUCUUUGAAGUGCUGGAGAAACAGGUUUGCUCACCCCUAUUUUGACAUGUAAAUAGUUUGUAACUAUAUUUGUACCUAUGAUAAUUCAGUCAAUAAAUAUGACUUGAGGAAA